UCCUUUCCACCGCUGGAUCUUCGAGGUACCCCGCGCAUGCGCUAUUAGAGAUCAGGAAAUAAACAAGGAGCGUCGUGCUUUGCAGCCCGCGUGCAUCCGAGAGGAGACGCACCUUCAACAACAAACUGAUCAGCAGCAUCGAGGCUGUUCCUCCUCCUGACAUGAAACCUCCUGCAGUCUCUCCCUCCCCUCAGAAGAGGAGGAGGAGGAGCAGGUCAGACAGUCUGGAGGAGUUUCCUGUCGACAUCCACACACCUGACAGAGUAGAGAAGAAGAAGAAGAAGAAGAAACACAAGAAAGAGGAAGAGGAGUCCAGAAUUACUCCUCUUCCUCUUCCUGCUGCUGCUGAUGGAGAAAUGAACAGCCAGAAGGAGGAGGAGGAAGAGAAGAACAAGAAGAACAAGAAGAAGAAGAACAAGAACAAGAACAAGAGAGAGGAGGAAGAGGAGGAGUUGCAGGUUAUCGUAGAAUCCAGUGAGACAGAACAAAAGAAGAAGAAACACAAGAACGUCGCCAUGGUAACAGCAGACCCUAACAACAGCAGGACGAAGGAGGAAGAGGAGGAGAGCAUUGCCACGGUAACGGACAGAAAAAGGAUAGAGGAGAAAAAGAAAAACAAGAAGAAGAAAGAUAAGAUAAGUGUGGUGAUACCCCAGGAAGAGAGGAAGAAGAGACCAAAGAGAAGAGCUGUCGGAAAAAAAGAUCAGUUGGACUGGGCGUUAGUGGCCGAGCUUCAGGAGUUCAUUCCAGACGUCAAAACUAAAUCAGCUGAUGAGAUCAAUAAACUGCUGAGAUACGAUCUGAAACGCUUCAAGUACUUCAAACAGGAAGGUGUGGCUCUGCGGCGGGGGCGGUGCACUCAGGAGGAGAAUCGAUUAAUCAGACAAAACGUCGCCGACUUCCUGGCUCUGACGGGCAUCAGCUCGGCCAAUCAGCUUCUGUUUCCUCAGAGGUUCAAAGAGGAAGAGGCCGAGAUUAAGAGGCUGAGAGCACAACAUCACUUCCUGGAGAGGAUCGCUGAGGGGAUCCCUCGGACGUGUCAGCAGGUUUACACCAGAGCCAUAAAGAUUUUUGACGAUAGGAACCGCAUGGGAAGGUUCUCAAAGGAAGAAAUACAUUCUCUGCAGAAGUUACAGAACCUCCAUGGUAACGACUGGAGAACGAUCUCUAAGAAGAUGGACCGUAGUAUCUACGCUUUAGAGAAGCGCUUCGCCAGCAUCGCUGCAGGUCGUGGUGUGUGGAGUUCAGAUGAGGAGUCCAGGUUGAAGCAGGCUCUGAAGGCUCACCUGGAGGUCCUGGACAGUCCUGCAGGAUCUGGUCUGAGCAGAGACCAGCUGUGUAACAACCUGCCCUGGAAGGAGAUCAGUCAGCACGUUGGGACCAGAUCCUGGGUCCAGUGCAGACUCAAGUGGUUCUGCAUCCUGAAAGGGAAAAUGACUUCAGGUGUCGGUACCUUCAACAGAGGAGCUGAAGGACUUCAGACUAAAAUCCAGCUCAUUCACACGUUGUACAACAUGCGUGUGGACGAUGUAGCAGACAUCGACUGGGACGAGGUCGCUGAGACUGUCGGUAAAGUGACCACUGUGUGUGUUCAGAAGAGUUUCCACAGACUGAAAGUUUCCAGAGUUCCAAACUGGACCAGUUUAUCCUACGGAGAGAUCAUCGACUACCUGCAGCUGAGGGUCGUUCCUCUCCUGGAGGAGAGACUGAGAAAGUUGAGUAAAGAGAAGGGGAGCAGCAGCAGCAGCAGCAGCAGCAGCAGCAGCAGCAGCAGCAGCAGCAGCAGCAGCAGCAGCAGGAGGAGGAGGAGGAGGAGGCGGCGGCGGCGGAGGCGCAGGAGAACAAGUAUCUGCUGUCUGACAUCUUCAGCUCACACCAGGAGUAUGUUGAGGUGGACAACAGUCAGCUGACCUCCAGACAAUCAGGACACAGAUAAACAAACACAGGCCCCGCCCCUGCUCCAAUGUGAUUGGCUGUCACCCGUCAGUGGACAGAAUACAGACUGUGGAUGAAAACAUUUAUUUUGAAGCUCCUGAUGAAUAAGAUGUUGAUGAUGUUUUAUGUCUUUAAUGAAAGGAUUUUUUUUCACCUCA